AUGGCCCUUUCGUGGACGUUUUACAGACCCUUUGCAAACUCUCUGGCGCAAGAUAAGGUUGUUUGCGACGGUUCUUUUGGACUUGAGGGCCCUAUUAUCGCGAAUGUCUUUCGCGAAAUGGAUCUCAGCUCAAGCUCACCAAAAUCAUUUUGUGCCACUUUCCUGGGACUAUGUGACUAUCCCAGCGUUACUCCAUGGGUUGUUCCGCUUCCCAGUCAGAAAAUCCCGAAAAUACGCCCGAAAUCCCGCGGCAGAGAUCCUAUCAAAGUCGUUCACUUCUCCGAUAUUCACAUAGAUCCACUACAUGCUGCUGGCGCCAACGAUAACUGUAACAAACUUAUCUGUUGCAGAGCCACUGACAACCCCAAACGGGGCGGAUCGAACGCUGGCCCCAACGGUGACCACAAGUGCGACUCACCUUUAAGCCUUGAGGCAAGCCUAUACACGGCCAUCAGCCAGAUUGUCCCUGACGCCGCGUUCUCGAUAUUCACAGGAGAUAUCGUGGACCACGCCAUUUGGAACACCAGCGUUGAGUACAACAAAAACUCAAUUGUAAAGGCGUACGAGUCUAUGAGUCAAGCUCUGGGUCUGGUGUAUGGUACCGCAAGCAAUCAUGAAAUGCACCCUACCAAUGCAUACCAGCCAAACAAUGUUGGCGAUCGCACUGGCUGGAUCUAUGACUUACUGUCGAACCAGUGGUCUCAGUGGAUUGGCCAAGCCCCAGCUACGGACGCAAAGCACAUUGGUGCAUUCUCCACCAAAUACCCAAGCGGCAACCUACGCAUCAUAUCGCUGAAUACUAACCUGUACGAGCGGCACAACUUUUGGAUGUACAGGAAUCUGGAAGAGAGGGACCCAAACUCGCAAAUUGCCUGGCUAGUCACGGAGCUUGACGCCGCUGAGAAGGCAGGCGAGAAUGUAUACAUUGUCGGGCACAUGCCAUUUGGAGAGAAAUACUGUUUGAGAAAUUGGUCCAACUAUCUCCAUCAGGUGGUCGAACGCUAUUCAUCUACCAUUUCCGCCAUGUUCUUUGGACAUACCCAUGUCGAUCACUUUGAAGUCAGCUAUUCACAGACCCUUGACAAGUCUGCUUCUGACGCUUUCAUGGUAUCGUAUAUAGCCCCAUCUCUCACCCCAACCUCCGGCAUGCCGUCUUUUCGAGUCUAUGAUGUCGAUCCGGACACCUUCGGCAUCCUCGACGUUACAACCUACAUUGCGGAUAUGCGCAACGCAGCUUUUCAGAGCACUGGCCCCGUAUGGACCAAGUACUACUCGGCCAAAGAGAGUUACGGGAUGGCUGGGGCUCUCGGUCCAGAAGCUGAGCUCACGCCUGCAUUUUGGCACAAUGUGACGGAGGCCUUUGAAACCAAAUCUGAGCUGUUCGACGCUUACAUCGCGCGCAAGAGUCGUGGUUGGAAGGUGGGUCAGUGCGACACAGAGUGUAAAACAAAAGAGAUUUGCCAGAUACGAGCUGGCCGGUCUCAAGACAACUGUUUUAAACCUACACCAGGGUUCCAUCUUAGAAAACGCAGCGAGAUUGAAGCACGAGGGGAGCACGAUGAGUGUGGUGUUCCAAUUUCAUCCCAGGUGUUCCACGCCUUGACCAUGGAUCUGGAACUGCUGAAGGCUUUCUAUAGCCUGGUCCAAGAGAAAGCAGGAUUCCAAGGGGGGAACUAG